AUGAGGAUUGUUAUUCCACCUAGUUUGCGUUCGUACAUGCUCGAUCUAAUUCACGAAUCGCAUCUUGGGAUCGUUAAGUGUAAACAGCGUGCAAGAGAAGUCAUGUACUGGCCGGGUAUGAGUGCUGAAAUCGAGGUGAUGAUUCAGAACUGUGGAAAGUGUGCUGAGAUUCAAAAUAAACAACCCGCAGAACCUCUGAGACCGUCCGUUACACCUGAUCUACCAUACAGUGAAGUUGGGAGUGAUUUAUUCCACUUUGAAGGAAAGAACUAUAUCAUUCUAGUGGAUUAUUAUUCAAAGUACGUCGACGUCGAGGAAUUACCCGACGCGACUGCCUCUGCUACAAUUCGUGCUAUGAAACGAGUGUUUGCGUGCCACGGUAUCCCGAAAUUACUUCGUUCAGACAACGGCCCAAACUUCACAUCAGCUGACUUCAAAACAUUCUGUGCUGACUAUGGAAUCGAACACAUAACAUCCAGUCCCCAUUUUCAGAGUUCAAAUGGUGAGGUUGAACGUGCUAUACAGACAGUGAAGCGCAUCUGGCGUAAAGCUGAUGAUCGUUAUCUAGCGCUUCUGGACUAUAGAACCACACCACUUAAUGGAAUAAAUCUAUCACCGUCACAGAUACUCAUGGGCAGGAGACCGAGAAAUAAAUUACCUGCUAAACGCGAGAUCCUUGAACCGUCUAUGAACAAUCGCCGCGAAAUAAAACGUCACUUCACGGAAGCGAAACAAAAGCAAAAACUUUAUUAUAAUUUGCACAACAAAGUCAAAGAGUUGUCUCCCUUGGUAAAACAAGAACAAGUGCGAAUGGCUCCGUUACCUGGAACAAAACUAUGGAAGCCUGCAACUGUUAUAGAACAUUCUGUGCGUCCGAGAUCAUACAUAGUGAAAUCUAAUGAUCAACUGUACCGUAGAAAUCGUAAACACUUGAGACGGUCUACCGAUCAUGCAAAUGAGUCGCUACGAUACAACAUUACCGAGGAAAAUGAUCAUGACUUUAUGAACUUGGACACUUCCACUCAAAGCAAACAAUCAAACUUGCCACCCUCCGAACUGACUGUCGCUUCGCCGCAAAAACAUUCUGUUAUACCUAAAAGCGAACCGAGUGUAGUCGAUAUACCUGUCACGAGGUCAGGAAGAAGGAUCAAACCGCCUGUGAAAUUGGACUUGUGA